AACUAGCUAUAAAGUAGCUAAGUUGACAACAGUGCAACUCCGCCGUGAUAAGAAAUUAAAAUAAUAAUAAAAUUAUGUCGAUUUUAUGUAGAGCUUGUGGCGAACCAAUUUAUAAUGUGAACCCAAGAAACCUUUUUAGACAUGAGAACAACGAUAUUAGGCGCAAUAUCGAAGACAUUACUGGCAUUAAGUUGACUUACGACUUACAGAUGCCUAGCCACAUUUGCUCCUGUUGCUACCUGGACUUGGAGCAUUCGAUAUCAUUCCGGACGCGAUGCCUAGAGACCCACGCCCAAUUGAUGAAUGAGAAGCUCGAACCAACUUUCAAUAGCCAAGUGCUUUCAACAAAAUUAGAGCCGAUAGAUCCAUUGGACAGCCGGGAUGAUAACGAAGAAGAGUAUGCCGUUAGUAAACAUGAGGAGUUUGAGGAAUUUUUGGACUGUUCCGACAAUGCGAAUGAAGUGUCACCGAGAGAAGACACACCGCCGGUUGAGAAAAGUCGACAGUAUCUGUCAAGUAAAGUUUCAAAUAAGUAUCACAAAAAACGAACCCGUCCCACAUUAUUGAGGGUUACAGAUGUCGCUAAAGAUGUGCUGCCUGUGUCAACGUCUCACAAGUCGCGAUUGGAAGUCAGAAAACCAAAGGAAAAACAGCCGUACACAGAUCUAGAAAAGAAUUUCGUAUGCGAUGUAUGUGGUUGGUCCUUCCGCGAUAUAAGCAACCUCAAGAGUCAUGCGUUGCGACAUUCGGGAGAAAAAAAGUUUAAAUGUAUGGAAUGCGACCGUCAAUUUUUUGACAAUCCUCAAUUAAGGCUUCAUGUUCGAGUACAUCAUAAAGGAGAGAAGCCCUUCGUAUGUAAAUAUUGCGGCAUGGCUUUUCGUAACAGUCCCACUCGAUGUCGACAUGAACGGAAGUUUCAUGCAAAUCAAUUGCCAUUCGAAUGUGAUCUUUGUAGCCGAACUUUUAUUACUCAAAUCAGCUUGAACUCGCAUAAACUGGUCCAUGUUACUGGAGAAAAGAUCCACCAUUGCGCCACCUGCAACAAGACCUUUAAGGAAGUCGGAUCUUUAAGAAAACAUUACAGCACACAAUUUCACCAGAAGAGAUUCAGCCGUUUGAUAAAGGACGAUUGUGACCUUAAUAGUCUUGAAAUUAAAGUGCUCGACGAUGAGGAUAUCGACUUUAAUUUUUCGGAUUCUAUAAUUGAAGAGGUCGAUGAAUAAAAAAAUGGUAAAGCCAGUUGCUUAUCUUAUUUGACUCUUAGAAUAAAUUAAAACAAAGAAGAUUUAA